AUGAUCCUAGACAGAGUCGACUUCUCACACAUCGCAAGUACUUUCAAGCUGCGUGGCUACACAUAUACAGGAUGCGCUCCUGUCAGCCUAUCAAUGCCUAACAGUCAAGGACACGAUGCAGCAUCUCGAGAAAGAGACAUGUUCGAGCUCGCGAAACAACGACGUCGAGCGGACGCAGAACAAGCAAGACUGAAGUUGGCCAAGAAGGAAGCACGCUCGCGAAUUCGACAAGUUGAGGAACAACGACAAAACCAAGACAUCGACAUUCGAACUCCAAAGAGAUCUGCAGAAAUCGCCGAGAGGGACUCUGCUGUAUUCUUCUCUGAUGACUUGAAAACGGUUUCCAGCAGCAACGCAGAAACAAUCGCCAAGAUCGUGUCCAAGUGGAGAGCAAGAACUCGUUGGUCGAAAGCGCUUCAAAAAGACUCGCGCGUCAUCGACCAGUUCGUUGAUGAGCCCGCGGAAUUCGGAAAGCGCUCUUCUGAAGCAUCAUUCGAACGAUCUAUUGUCACCGUUGACUCCGAGAAGAGGACGCGCUGUGUCGACUGA